AUAUAUACCAUGAAAUAUUCCAAAACAUAAUAUCCAAAACACUAAACCAAUCUCCUAACAACAACAAAAAAUGCAAGGAGCUUUGUGUAUCAAACCAACCAUUCUUCCUCUUUCUUCACCACUUUUUUCUCCAAAGCUAACUAUUCUUCUUCCUCAGACCAUCACCAACACUAAAGCUUCAAGACUCUCAUCUCUGAGACCAAACACAUCAUCUCCUACAACCUCUGAUCCUCUCACCGUUGACUAUGACUCCCUCCUUUCUGUUUUCCCAGCCGAAGCAUGUGAAGUGAUCAGCGGAUAUGCAUGUUCAGCUGACAUUUCCCCUGAAGUCAAGCUUGAAACAAAGCCCGUCUCACGUUCCGUGGCUUCAGAGUCGGUAAACCGAGAAUACCUAGAGUACAACAACCCCAAAACUGUUUUCGCCGCAGAGGCAUGCGAUGAUCUUGGAGGAGAAUUCUGCGAACCUGACUAUCAAAAAGAUGUCUAUUAGAAGAAAACAGGAUUUGAAUGUGAUGUUGAUGUGUUUGUAUCUUUAUAACCACUCAUUAGUAUAUAAAAGAUAGCUUCACUUUAUCAAGACUGAAGUUGUGAACAGACCCAAGUUCCCAAAGUUAAUAAUACAGUAGUGAUUUAAAUUACAUGGUAUAUUAAUCAACACAAUAAUGAGGAAAAUCUCAGACUAGUUUAAGUAACUUAGCCCAUGCAUGUAAAUCUUGCAAAAUCCAUAUCUUAGACUAGUAAAUUACAUCUGCUACACCAUUUUUUUCUUUAACGUUUUGACACUUCUAUAAAUUGUGGAUGAGUUAUAAACUCUGACUUUUCAUUUUACCUCCAAACGUUAAAUGAUGUUUUUCAUCUAUAUUGUGAAAUUAUGUUUUGUUACCAAACUUCGAAAUAAUCUUUUAUUAUAUUUUUUUUAGUUUUACAUGUUGGAGUUAUACUAUUAUAAUUAAUUUUAGAAUAUAGUUUGAACUAAAAGGAAUUAGAAACUAAAAACUACAUUGUUGAUAUUUUUAUUGUAAAUAUAAGUUUGAUGAUUGUUUUUACUUAAAAUAAAUUAUAUGUUCUUGAACUAUGAAACCAAAUUGAUUAUUUAGAAAUUUUUAAUUUAAAACAGAAUUUUUUAGUAAUUUGAUACAUUUUACAGCCGAAUCUUUUUUGUCAACAAUAUAAAAAAAUAUCCAAUUUUUGUAAAAUUUCAUAAAAAAUAAUUUUGCAUCCAAAACACAGUUACAAAAUGCCAAAACUCUUCUAAGAAACUAAUGAUAUUAAAGUGUUUUAUCUAAAUUGUUAUUUUGAUGUUUGAAUUAGACUGCAACGUCAAAAAAAGGAACAAGAUCAAUUGUUUGUCUCUGGAUCAUUUCAACAGCUGUAAUUGCUUUGGCAAGGUAAAUGGUUUACAUAUCUAUUGUAAAUCUAUCACCAAAAAAAAAAAAAAUCUAUUGUAAAUCUAAAACUGUCUAUACCAUAUAUAGAUGAGAUUUUUCAUAUUUCAGGAUUUGAAAGAAUUUAACCUAACUUCCGAUUAUAUUUCCGAUUACAAACAACAUAUAUAAGGGUGAUCAAUAAAAUUUUACUCUUGAUCAUUGUUCAUGCUUGUUAUUGUUUCCUUCACGUUUUCGCAGUGCCAACAUAAAUUUUUCUUAACAAUACACAGAUAUGGAACGUGGUGCAGCUAUUGCACGCGAUAUGGAACGUGAUGCAGCAAAUCUCGUUUGAAUCUUGAUGUAUACUUUUAUAUCAGGAUAUUUUCUUUUGAAUUAAUCUUUUCUGCUUUUUUAUCAAUGGUUUAUUUAUUUAUAUGUUUUAAAUUGUCAAUAAACUCUAGCGUUGGUUGAACUUUA